AUGUCAGAUUUCAAACUAAAAGCUGGUUUGGCACAAAUGUUGAAGGGCGGUGUCAUUAUGGAUGUGGUGACAGCUGAACAGGCAAUCAUUGCAGAGAAAGCAGGUGCUUGUGCUGUGAUGGCUUUGGAGCAAAUUCCUGCUGAUAUGCGUAAAUCUGGUAAAGUUUGUCGUAUGUCAGAUCCAAAGAUGAUCAAAGACAUCAUGAAUAGUGUCAGUAUUCCGGUAAUGGCUAAAGUGCGUAUCGGUCACUCUGUUGAAGCCCAAAUUCUCCAACAAUUAGAGGUUGAUUAUAUUGAUGAGAGUGAAGUGCUAACACCUGCCGAUUGGUCAGAGCAUAUAGAUAAAAACAGUUUCAAGGUACCAUUUGUCUGUGGUGCUAAGGACCUCGGUGAAGCUCUAAGAAGAAUUCAAGAAGGUGCAGCAAUGAUACGUACUAAAGGCGAAGCUGGUACUGGAGAUGUUUCCGAAGCCGUGAAACAUAUUAAGAAGAUAAGAGGUGAAAUCAAAGAAUUGCAAGAAUCCUUGGGUGACGACGAACAGUUCAUUGAGCAAAAAGCUAAGGAGUUUAGAGUAUCUACCGAUUUAUUAAAGAAAGUAUUAGAAGAUGGCAAAUUACCUGUCGUUAACUUCGCUGCUGGUGGAGUUGCGUCUCCAGCAGAUGCUGCACUCUUGAUGCAAUUGGGCUGUGAGGGUGUAUUUGUCGGAUCUGGUAUUUUCAAGUCGAAUAAUCCGGAAAAGUUAGCACGUGCCAUUGUGGAAGCAACUACUCAUUAUAACGACACUGAAGUGCUAUUGAAGGUUUCCAGUGAUUUAGGAGACCUAAUGGGAGGCUUGACAAUUGAAUCAUUGGAAAAGAACAAUAAUUCGAAAAGAUUGGCUAAUAUUGGCUGGUAA